AAAUCUCCAGCCUUUUUUCACUUGGUACGCAUACCCAUAACAAGAAAAAAUCACCUGCAUCAUCACACACAUAACAAAAAUGUGCACCUUAUCAAAACAAGGCAACAUCUUCACUCUAACACUCACCGGCGACGAUGAUCACCGCCUGAAUCCAACUCUCAUCGCCGCCGUAAGCUCCGCUCUCCAAACAAUCAAAUCACAAGCCAAGCACGGCUCAGUCCUCAUCACUACAUCACACGGCAAGUUCUUCUCCAACGGUUUCGAUCUCGCCUGGGCCAAAAAAACCGCCGCCGAAACCGGCAGAUCCGCCAUGGACGGUCUCCGCGAGAUGGUGGCGUCUUUCAAACCAGUGACUGCACAGAUGAUCUCUCUACCUAUGCCGACCAUCGCCGUCGUACAAGGACACGCCGCCGCCGCCGGAUUUUUGUUCGCGCUGAGUCAUGAUUACGUGUACAUGAGGAGUGACAGAGGCGUGUUGUAUAUGAGUGAGGUUGACAUAGGGCUGCCGUUGCCGGAUUAUUUCUCGGCGGCGUUUAGAGAUAAGGUUUAUGACGUGGCUGCUCGGAGAGAUGUGCUGUUGCGAGGGGUGAAGGUUAAGGGAGAUGCGGCGGUGAAGAUGGGGAUUGUGGAUGCGGCGUAUGAUAGUGAGGAGAAGUUAACUGAGGCUACUGUGCGCUUGGCGCAGGAGCUGGGGAAUAAGAAAUGGGAUGGUUACUGUUAUCAGGAAAUAAGGAAGAGUUUGUAUCCGGAUUUGUGUGGCGUGCUUGGAUUGGUUGAAGGGAAACUUGUUGCUAAACUUUAGCUUAUACUUCAAGAAAUUUAAAUGUUAUAUCUGAUUUUCGUCUUUCAAAGUUCUCAAACUGGAAAUUUUAAUAAAUUAAUAAGUUGUUCUGUGUCA